GAGCUGUAACCUUCACGCGCAUAAAUGGGUGGUCCGAGAGCAGAGCUCUAGUUAAAAACCUACAGAGUGUAUCUGUCCUGUGUCUCUACCUUCCUACCGUGCUCCAGACAGAAAGCUCUCCCAGAACGGGCAGCAAACUCUCCCAGAAGAGCUUCCCAGACUUCCAGAUCAGAACUACACUCUCAUCCAACAAUGGCAGCCAUUGGAAACCGUGGAACUGUGACCGAGGCAUCUGGUUUCGACGCUGAAGCCGAUGUCCAGAAACUGAGAGGAGCCAUGAAGGGAACUGGAACGGACGAGGCGGCCAUCAUCGAUGUCCUGGCGCACCGUACGAUCGCCCAGAGGCAGCGCAUCAAGGAGGCCUACAAACAAACUGUGGGGAAGGAGCUGGCUGAUGAUCUUUCUUCAGAGCUGAGUGGGAACUUCAAGAGUGUUGUUCUGGGUCUGCUGAUGUUAGCACCUGUCUACGAUGCAUAUGAGCUGAAACAUGCAAUGAAGGGGGCUGGGACUGAAGAGGCCUGCCUCAUUGACAUUCUGGCUUCUAGAACCAAUGAUGAAAUAAAUACCAUCAAUUCAGUCUAUAAAAAAGAGUAUGGGAAGACCCUGGAGCAGGAUGUGUCUGGAGACACCUCUGGGAUGUUUAAAAGAGUUUUGGUGUCUUUGCUCACGGCUGGACGAGAUGAAAGCGAUAAGGUGGACGAAGCCCAGGCUGUUCAAGAUGCAAAGGACAUCUAUGAGGCUGGAGAGGCUCGUUGGGGCACAGAUGAGGUUAAAUUCCUCACGGUUCUGUGUGUUAGAAACCGAAACCAUCUGCUGAGAGUGUUUGAAGAGUAUCAGAAGAUUUCUGGCAAAGACAUUGAGGAAAGUAUCAAGAGGGAGAUGUCUGGCUGCUUGGAGGACGUCUUUCUGGCCAUAGUGAAGUGCAUCAGGAACAAGCCAGCAUUCUUUGCUGAACGACUAUACAAGUCAAUGAAGGGGCUGGGCACCACAGACAGCGUCCUCAUCAGAAUAAUGGUCGCCAGAGCUGAAAUCGACAUGUUGGACAUUAAGGCUCAGUUCCUGAAAAUGUAUGGAAAGACUCUGCACUCCUUCAUCAAGGGAGACACGUCAGGCGACUACCGUAAAAUCCUGCUGGAGCUCUGUGGAGGCGAAUAGAAACUACUUCAGCCCCGUUCCUCCAGACAACAUCAUGUUUUUUUAUGAUAUCUCCGUUUCUGCCUUUCUCAUUUUGCUAAUUAACAUGGUGCCUCAUAUCACUGUUUCUGAAACCAAUUAAACCAAAGACCAGUGAACUUUUA